GUACAAUAUGCCUCGGUGCAUGGUAUAUUCUCUCCCAAUGACCUGAAUCAACAUAUAUGUACAAGGGUGAUGUCAGUACGGCCCUGACCGACGACGAGGGAAGAGUAAUAUCCUAUCCCAGGAUUUCGGUAUCAGGAUGCUCUCCUGAUGGAAUGACAUUUGCCCAAAAGUCAUGCGAAUGGAGCUCAUACUUCCUAUCUCUUAGGAUAAAGAAGCAUAUAAAAGUAAGGUCAGUAAUGAGCAUUCUGGACUCCAAUUGCAAAGAUAUUCUCGUGCAGUCAAUUGCGAUACUGCGUUACACUUAUAGAUUCACCUAAGGACAUUAAACCAAUACGUUCGUCGCCACCAAUCUCGUACCCCUGGUGAAUCCAUCCGCCAUGGUCGACGUCCCCUACAUUUUCCCUAACCAAGGGGUUCCCGCUCCCCAUCUCCCCCACAUCCACCUCCCGCACCACAACCCUCACUCCCUCGACUAUCACCCUCAUUCCCGCCCCUCCGCCCGCGUCCCGCUGUUCGACCUCCGCGAAUCCAGCAAAGCCUACUUCCUCGAAGGCGAGUUAGCCGGCGUCACAGACGCCGGCGCCGUCCACAUCGAGUGGCUGGAUGACCGCACCUUGCUGGUGGAGGCCGAGGGAGACAAAGAGCACCAUGAAGAUGUUCCAGUGGUAGAGGCCGCUCCUGCUGUUGCGACCACUGGUGGGCUGGGUGAGGUGCGGCAGUGGUUGCAUGAGCGACAUGUCGGGCAUCAUAAGAGGCAGUUCACGUUCCCAGUGCAAGUCAAGCAUAAAGGAGUGUCGGCGCGGCUAGGGGGCGGAUUGCUGAGGGUUGUGGUGCCGAAGCAAAAGGAGGAGCCAGCAAAGAAGGUGAGGAAGGUUAUAGUGUUGGGUCUUGAAGGAGUGGAGGUCGGCUUGAGAGCGUAG